AUGGCGUCCUGGGAGUCGCUGAAAGGAAGGGCCAAGGCCCUCAAAUCUGAGCUAGACACCAAGAUGCAGGAUCUGGGGCGCUUAAACAAGCGACUGGGCACAGCUACUGCAUCGACGCCAGCAGACCGCGUUGCGGAGCUCGAUGGGCAGAUCAAGCUCGUCGUCAGCUUGCGGGAGGAGGUGGAAAGGGGGCUCAGCCAGCUGGAGGAUGCAAGUGAGUCCCUGGCCAAUGUAGCUGCAACCAGCGCUCAAGCAGCACAAGCUGCCCGGUUUCGAGAGACGCAUCAGGAGAUGCUUCGGGACUUCAAGAGAGUCGCGCAAAGCAUUGACCAGCAAUACCAGCAUGCCAGGCUAUUGCCACACUCCAGAAACAAUCGGUCGAGCGAUGACGCCGAAGAUGGCUUGAUGCGAGAACGCAUGGGCUUAAACUCCUCUCUGUCCAUGGCGGAUGAGAUUAUCGGCCAAGCCACGGCCACUAGAGACAUGCUGAUGAACCAGCGCAGUGUCUUGAACAGCGUUGGUGCCAGAGUUGGGACGCUGAGUUCCAUGUUUCCGGGCAUCAACAAUCUGAUCGACAAGAUCUCCGAUAGAAAGAACAAGGAGCGCGUGGUGCUUUCACUGACAAUCGCGUCUUGCUGCUUUUUCACCAUCUGGUACAAGUUUCUCUGA